AUGAAAAAUGAUUAUAAUUUUCAAACUCUCAGGUUUCCAGGGAAAUCACAAAGAAAACCAAAAAUCAGUAAGAACGCUGAAACCUCAAGGACUGUAAUUUCUAUUCAACCUCUUUCUAAAGAAAUCAAAUCAGAUGUAGGUUUAGAAGUGGCUUAUGACUUUAAUAUUCCAGCGGAUCUCCUCCCUUUCGUACUUGAUGGGCCAAUAUACACAUCAAAAAAACAAAAAAAAAAUAAUAAUCUGAUGGUUCCUGGUAGCCAAACUUGGCUGACUGAAUUAAAAUCUAGAAAGAAACUCCAUAUCUUGAAUGAAAAACAACAUUUAGAACAUCUAGCCAAUGUCCGGAAAGUGGCAUUUCUUGGUAUAUGCAUAAAUAGACUACGCAUAUGGUCUUUUUACGAAGAUGUCUUCAUGUGGCACUUAAACUCUAUUUACAAUGAUCUUAUCUCUAUUUUCGACCGCUGUAAGGAAUGUACAAUGGCUGAGGAAAUUGCCGACCUCAAUCAAGAAUUUAAUAACCUUAAUUGUAUUUUGUCAAUUAUGACUACAUGGAAAUUCAUCACAUAA